UCUCGCUACAGGUUUAUCUCUUAUUUUUGUUAUGAUCCACGCGAGUAUUGAAGAUAUUUCAUUAGUCAAAGUCUUGAAGGCAAAUAUAGGGGCAAAUCUAUGAAAUUUGUCUCAUAACUGCAUCUAAUUACUUGAGUUCGACAUAUAACGUAUAACUAUGUUAACGCUAAAAAAUUACCCCGCCUCCUACAACUUCACAUGAAAAGACAGACAGACGGAUCGCCAGAAAUGCGUGACAUGUUUUUUCGUGGUCUACAUGUCAUGUGACAUUCAAAAAAUAGAAUACCUCAUUUUCAAUUUUUUGCGAUUACAGAACCUCCUCGCCGAUUGGCGUGGGAAGUAGGACGUAGAAAAAACAUCUGAGGAAAUGUCUCAGUUAAGUCACAAAUCAAAAUCACUGUUUAGCUUAUCAAUUUUUCCGUUCCAUUUUGUUAUUAGUAGCAAAGUAAAUAUAUCUUGUUGCUUAUAAUAACAACUAUGCAUUCACCGCCUUUCAUGUUAAAGCGUGGAAAAAUGGUGAACCUGAUGUUUGGUACAGACGCUCCAAAAUUAACGCGCUUGAUCAAAGAAGAGCUAAGGCUGGAACAACUCAGAAACAGCGGCGAUCCAUCAAUUAGAGAAGGGAGAGCUAUUACUGAGUUGUCAGAUGAGGAACUGAUUCGACAUACGGAGACUGAAGAACAAAAGGCAAUUGUCCAUAUGAAAGAAGAAGAAAAAAAGGCUAAACGUUUACUGGAAAGACGAACAGCUGAGGCUAAUAAUAUUUUGGAGAACCUGAAAACAUAUGGAGUCAUCUUGAUUUUGCCUAACGGUAGAGAAAAAUAUAGCGAGGUUGUAUCUGAAGUUAUUCACGAAGCUGGGCUAACAGUGCAACAAUCAGAUAAGGUAAAGCUAACCGAAGACAUGCUAGAAGAAUUCCUCUAUUUUUCAGAAGAAAAGUUCACGCAAAAAACUCGUCAAGAUUGCCUGAAUGGUAGAAUUUCAUUGGCUUUGCUUAUUAAGCGCUGUUCAGAAAACCUACCUGGAAAAAUCGAUGAUCUUGUCCUUCAAGUCGUGUAUGGGAAUGGUAGAAAACCACCUGGAGAUGACAGAUCGCCAAAUCAGAAAAUGAUGACUAAGGGAGAAGAUGGUGAUGAAGAAAAUGUACUGAUAGGAGUAUGGGCACCACCAAACUCUCAUUGUAAAGCAUACGCCCUAAAGGUACUAUUUUCUAACUUAACAGAACCUUAUCUGCUAACUAACAUACCCACCGUUCCCCUUUAUAUCAUAGUAGCCUAUGACGCGUUCAAAACUCGUGAUAUUGUUGAAUUGAUGGAAAAGUACCCUGGCGAAGUACUCUCCUAUGGAUUUUUCACCAGCGACGUUCCACCUGAGGCUAAGCUAAUUGCGAAGACUUUCACUGAGUUUGAAGAGAGAACUACACCAGUUACUUAUGAUGAAAAAAUAGUGAUACAGCUGGCCACCAACAACCCAGACUGUGUGAUGGCUUUUGGUGACUUGGGACCCUCCUAUAUCAGCCCAGAUGUAGAUGCUAGCGAGGUUGAUUGCGGUUUUUUAUUUCCUCCUGAUUAUAAAAUAGUUAAAGAAGAAGUGAAAGAAGUGAAGAAGAAUAAAAAGAAAAGAGGCAAAGGAGCGAAGCAAGCUGCUGCAGCGGCUAAAGAUCAGGAUUCAGCAUCAAUAGCAACAAGCGAUGCCACCAAAGAGCAGAGCGAGAUAGACCAUGAAGACAUUGAAGAGAACUUCAGUGAUGCUGAAGAAGAAAAGCCAACAGAAGAACAAGACAAGCUUGAAGAGAUGGAAACGGUUGAUGAAGCUGAUAAGGCUACGUCUCCGAUUGAAGGUGACAAGUGAAAAGUUUGCAUUGUUUUUUAUUUGCUUACUCAAAUAAAAAAACGUAGGUAUAGGACAUAAAACAGGCAAGGUAAUAAAAUAAAUAAACAACAAAGUACACUUACAGAUGGGAGAGAACAAAUGAACAAUGGGUCGAGGAUAGGAAAAAUAACCCAAGUGUUAGAAAAUUUCUUGCUACCCUUUAUUUGUGAGAGUGACAUUCGCUAAAUUAAAAAUUUACAUAACCAAAAUGGCAGGUCUUAAUAAAAAUAUGCACCUUGAAAUUCCUAUAAUUUACGGGCUACAGCUUAAACGGCUUGAAGGAUUUCGACAUAUGAAAUGUCUCUAGAUUUGUCUUGACGGUGUGAGUGAUACUGGGUAUACCACAACUUCGUAGAAUCAAAACGGCAUUGAACCUCGAAAUUAGUAUUUCACGGGCUGUAGCUCAAAUGGCCUGAUAGACAAUUGAACAUUUAUUCUUUCAAGUUACUGCAGGAGAGCUUUUUUAUUUUUCAUAAAUGUACUUAUUGGCAAUAUGGCUGGAGAUCAGUAAAAAAA